CAGACGGCAGAGAGCGCGAGUGCCAGAAACCAGAACGGCAGCAAGUAGGAACACGACGGCACACAUCGGAAAAUGCAGAAUUGAUUUUACUCGGGACGGUCGAUCCUGCAGCAGUGCUAGGUGAAGAAAAAUUUUCCUGCCCCAGUUUGUUCGACUGAAAUGUGGAGGAAAAUUGUGCAAAACGGGAUCGAACGUGGAUAGGAAUCGAUCGUGAUCGAGUAGAACGUGUGCGAACGGGUGGAAAACGAGAAUUUCCGUGGAAAAGAAAACUAGUUUCGGAAGGAUCUGCAGAACGUGGAAAAAAGCGCUAGGAUCCUUCAGAAUGGUGAAGUGGUGAAGAAAAAUUCUUCCAGGGAUUUGAGGUGGUUUGAUGAGGUUUUUGGUGGAGAUUAACGGGUCGUAAUCAGUUGCGUGCUACAGAGUUGGCUUUACUUGCGUGGAAUCAACGCCAGGAAGAUGGAAAAAGUAUGAAACGGAUCUGCUGGUUCUAGUCGAAAAAGGAUCCUGGGAAAAUUAUCCAAUUUUCAAACAAUUUUCCCAUUCCCCGCACAACGGUAGUGUGUCUGUACGUGAGCCUGGCUGGUUGGUGUUGUAUUACGGCAAUUGCGUCGGUGUGAGUGAGUGUGUCCUACAAAAUAAGUGAAUGCUGCCGUGCUGGCCAAGUCCUUUCCGUUUGAGUUGAGCACAGUGCUGUUUGGGUAUUAAAGCGAAGGCGAAGGCAGACCAAGGCUUGAAAGAGCACGAGAGCAGAAAGGUUAUGUGGUAAUAAAAUAGGAGCAAUCGUGUGAAGAGGGUGGGAAGAGCUCUUGGGUGGGGGAAGGAUAUCCAAUCAAGGAGAGAAGAAAAAGUGGCACCAGAAGGAAGCAGUACCCUUAGAGGAGCGAGAAAAGGAUUAAAAAUUAAUUUUAGUUGGCUGCUUGCCAGCGAAAGAGGAUAAUUCCGACACUGGAUGACCACAGCUGCAGCAUAGCCUGAAGGCAUUCGGAAACGUGUGGAAUUCGAGAUUGCUGGGGUCGAUGGGUAUAAUAAUCGUUAUGACAGCAUCCAACCUCGCCACCACCGUUGCUACAAUCAGUUAUGGAUCACAUUAGUCCGGUGGAACGUCGAAGAGUAACUCUCAUCGUGCUGGGAAUCAACAAUAUCGAAGGCAGUAGCAGCGGCUCUGGAUACGGCGACGAGCGGCCAACAGCUUCCUUUUUCGUCCGUUGAUAGAUGAAUGUGGAUCUGGUUUAAGGUUAGCAGCGGCUCAAGAGGCGGAGCUUCCUGGCAAGGACGACGGGAAGCAAAUGGGUCCGAAGAAAGGAAAAAAGGGCACAAGUCCGAGGCAUCGAACCGGUCCACCACCACCCGGACCCUCAUCACUGUUCAUUUUCGCAGAGGAUAACUUUAUUAGGAAAGCAACUAAAUUCAUCAUAGAAUGGCCGCCCUUCGAGUAUGCCGUACUGUUGACAAUCAUCGCCAAUUGCGUCGUGCUGGCCCUGGAGGAACAUCUGCCGCAUGGCGACAAGACGGUGCUGGCCCAGAAGCUGGAACUGACCGAGAGCUACUUCCUGUGCAUCUUCACGAUCGAGGCCGCACUCAAAAUCAUCGCCCUCGGGUUGGUGCUGCACGCCGACUCCUAUCUGCGCAACAUCUGGAACAUGAUGGAUUUUUUCGUAGUGUUCACGGGGCUCAUCACGUUGCUCCCUCUUCCGCUCGAUAUAGAUCUCAGAACGUUAAGGUCGAUUCGUGUGUUACGACCUUUGAAAUUAGUUUCUGGAGUUCCUAGUCUACAAGUCGUGCUGAAGUCCAUCAUCAAAGCGAUGGCCCCGUUGCUCCAGAUCGGACUCUUAGUCUUGUUUGCAAUCGUUAUAUUCGCAAUUAUAGGAUUAGAAUUUUACUCGGGUGCUUUGCACAAAAGUUGUUAUAGCUUAGAAAAUGCCUUUGAAAUUGUUGAAGAAGGUGACAUGCCGACGCCUUGUUACGACGACGACGACACGAUGAACGUCGAACUGCCAGCCGGAGUGCAUCUGUGCAAUCACAACGAGAGUGCAUGCAUCGAGCAGUGGGAGGGUCCCAACUACGGCAUUACGAACUUCGACAACAUUGGCUUCGCUAUGUUGACCGUGUUUCAGUGCAUCACGAUGGAGGGCUGGACGUCAACUAUGUAUUGGACCAAUGAUGCUUUAGGCUCAACAUUCAAUUGGAUAUAUUUUGUGCCUUUGAUUAUAAUUGGUUCGUUUUUCAUGCUCAACUUAGUUCUCGGUGUCCUCAGUGGUGAGUUUGCGCGAGAGCGAGAAAAAGUCGAAAACCGCCAGGAGUUUCUGAAACUCCGCCGGCAGCAGCAACUGGAGAAGGAACUGAACGGGUUCGUCGAGUGGAUCUGCAAAGCGGAGGAAAUAAUCCUAGCGGAGGACCGAACCACCGAAGAGGAACGCAUGUAUAUAAUAGAAGCCCGUAAGAAAGCCGCCGCCAAGCGGAAAAAGCUGAAAAACCUCGGCAAAUCCAAGUCUUCAGAAACAGACGACGAAGAAGCCACCACCGAAUCGGGCGACGAAGGCAUCCUGAAGAAGGAAAAGAAACCGGCCAAGUCCGGCUUCUGGCGAGCGGAGAAACGGUUCCGCUACGGCAUUCGACACACAGUCAAAACGCAAUGGUUCUACUGGUUCGUGAUAGUUCUGGUGUUUCUGAACACCAUCUGUGUGGCGGUUGAACACUACGGGCAACCGAAUUGGUUGUCGUUGUUUCUAUACUACGCCGAGUUUGCAUUCCUAGGCUUGUUCAUGUGCGAGAUGUUGAUCAAAAUCUACGCACUCGGGCCUCGCAUCUACUUCGAGUCGGCCUUCAACCGGUUCGAUUGCAUAGUUAUCGCUGGUUCAAUCUUCGAGGUGGUUUGGUCCGCCUACAAAGAGGGUUCCUUCGGUAUCUCCGUGCUGCGAGCUCUCCGGUUGCUGCGCAUCUUCAAGGUCACCAAGUAUUGGUCCUCGCUCCGUAACUUGGUCAUCUCUUUGCUCAGUUCGAUGCGUUCGAUUAUCUCGUUGCUGUUUCUGCUCUUUCUGUUCAUUCUGAUAUUCGCGCUGCUCGGAAUGCAGCUGUUCGGGGGACAGUUCAUCCUGCCCGAGGGCACACCACCGACUAACUUUAACACAUUCACCAUCGCACUACUCACCGUGUUCCAGAUCCUCACCGGGGAGGACUGGAAUGAGGUCAUGUACCUCGGCAUCAACUCACAGGGCGGACACGAAAGCGGGAUGAUCUAUUCGCUGUACUUCAUCAUCUUAACACUGUUCGGGAACUACACCCUGCUGAACGUAUUCUUGGCUAUCGCUGUUGAUAAUUUGGCGAACGCACAAGAGCUAACCGCAGCAGAAGAGCAGCAGCAGGAACGAGACAAGGAGAAACAGCAGAUGGAACUGGAGAAGGAGAUGGAAGCACUACAAAAAGCAAAAGAUGGCACACCAACGACGGAAGAAGCAGAAGCAGAGAAGGAGAAAGAAACCAAAAAGGAGGAAGCCAAAAACGAAGAGGAAGACGAAGAGCAAGGCGAAGGACCGAAACCAAUGCUGCCGUACUCCUGCAUGUUCAUAUUCUCUUCGACCAAUCCAAUGCGCCGGGCAGCCCAUUGGGUCGUCAACCUGCGGUACUUCGAUUUCUUCAUCAUGAUCGUCAUUUCGCUGUCCUCGAUCGCGCUGGCCGCCGAAGAUCCGGUACAGGAGGACGCCCCCCGUAACAUAGUGCUCAACAAUCUGGAUUACGCCUUCACGUGUGUCUUUACGAUCGAGUUGUUGCUCAAGCUGAUCGAUUUGGGCGUGAUCCUCCAUCCGGGCAGUUACCUGCGCGAAAUCUGGAACAUCAUGGACGCCGUCGUGGUCGGCUGUGCCGUCAUCAGUAUCGGGUUCGACAUCAGCGGAAGCGAUGCCGGUGCCGAUCUGUCUACAAUCAAGUCACUCCGAGUGCUGCGAGUGCUACGCCCGCUGAAAACAAUCAAACGUGUUCCGAAGCUGAAAGCGGUGUUCGAUUGCGUCGUGGGAUCACUCAAGAACGUCAUCAACAUCCUUAUCGUGUACAUUCUGUUCCAGUUUAUCUUCGCCGUCAUUGCAGUGCAGCUGUUCAACGGCAAGUUCUUCUACUGUAGCGACGAUAGCAAACACAACAGCAUUGACUGCCAGGGUUCAUAUUUCGUGUUCGACGAAGUGGACGGAAUGCCGAAGAAGGCGGAUCGAGAAUGGAAGACGCAGUACUUCAACUACGACAACGUGGCUACUGCUAUGCUGACGUUGUUCGCAGUGCAGACCGGUGAAGGAUGGCCACAAGUUCUUCAAAACUCCAUGGCAGCUACCUACGAGGACCAGGGACCAAUCCAAAAUUUCCGCAUUGAAAUGUCCAUCUUCUACGUAGUCUACUUCGUUGUGUUUCCGUUCUUCUUCGUGAACAUUUUCGUUGCCUUGAUUAUCAUCACUUUCCAAGAGCAGGGUGAAGCAGAGCUUCAGGACGGCGAGAUCGAUAAGAAUCAGAAAUCGUGCAUCGACUUUACAAUCGGAGCGCGGCCACUAGAGCGAUACAUUCCCACCAAACAUUCCGGCUUCAAGUACACCGUGUGGCGAAUCAUUGUCUCAGCACCAUUCGAGUAUUUCAUCAUGUCACUGAUUGUGUUCAACACUCUGCUGCUGAUGUUGAAGUGUCACGACCAGAACAAAAAGCUGGAGAAUUUCAUGAAGUAUCUCAACAUGAUAUUCACGGGGAUGUUCAGCGUGGAAACGGUGCUCAAAAUCAUUGGAUUUGGAGCGAGGAAUUUCUUCAAGGAUGCAUGGAACGUGUUCGAUUUGAUCACCGUUAUCGGUAGUAUCGUCGAUGCUCUUAUUUUGCUCCUUUGGGAAAACUCGUUCAACGUCGGAUUCUUGCGUCUGUUCCGUGCGGCCCGUUUGAUCAAACUGCUCCGACAAGGUGACACCAUCCGUAUUCUUCUGUGGACCUUUGUUCAAUCCUUCAAAGCACUGCCUUAUGUAUGUUUGCUGAUUGCGAUGCUGUUCUUUAUCUAUGCAAUCAUCGGAAUGCAGGUCUUUGGUAAUAUAGAAUUAGAUCCGGACACUGCCAUCAGUCGUCACAACAAUUUCAGAUCGUUCCUGGACGGUCUGAUGUUACUGUUCAGGUGCGCAACGGGAGAAUCAUGGCCGAACAUCAUGUUGGCUUGUCUCAAAGGACGUCCCUGUGAUCCUCGAGCCAACAAACCGAACGAAACUUGUGGAUCGACACUUGCCUACGGAUACUUUGUAUCCUUCAUCUUCUUCUGUUCAUUCUUGAUGUUGAAUUUGUUCGUCGCUGUCAUUAUGGACAACUUUGACUAUCUGACGCGAGACUCCAGUAUUCUUGGCGCUCAUCACUUGGACGAAUUCGUGAGGAUAUGGGCCGAAUAUGACCCUUCCGCAUCGGGGAAACUGCACUUCACCGAAAUGUUCGAUAUGCUCAAGAACAUGGCACCACCGCUUGGUUUUGGGAACAAAUGUCCGAAUAGGCUUGCGUACAAAAAGCUAACUCGGAUGAACAUGCCGCUAGAUGAGGAAGGGAGAGUGAGUUUUACCACGACACUGUUUGCGUUGAUUCGAGAAAACUUGAGCAUCAAGAUGAGACCUGCCGAGGAAAUGGAUCAAGCCGAUAUGGAACUGCGUCAGACGAUAAAGCAAAUUUGGCCCAUUCAAGCGAAGAAGAUGAUCGAUCUGUUAGUACCUCCCAAGGACAUGCUGAACACCGGGAAGAUGACGGUCGGGAAGAUCUACGCUGGAAUUUUGCUGCUGGAAACGUGGCGGAACAAUAAAUGUGUACAGCUGGAAUGCGAUGCGCCGGAUCUACAGGACCGAAAGAGCCACGAGAUUCAGGAAGCAUACAUCGACGAUGGACACCUGCAUCCGGGUCACGAUGCACGGGGUGCCCAUCGGCGUUCACCCAGCAUACAGAGGGGUUCGGCUCUGGAGCGUUCACCUAGUCCGAGGCACCUACACCACGACAUUGGCUUCUCGGAGACGGUGUCCAACGUGGUGGAAAUUGCACGUAGGGAUCACCUAAUUGGUAGGCACAGCUAUGGGCGCUAUAGAUAUGAUAGAGGUUCCUGGUCCGUAGCCACCAGUCCGGCACGUUCGCCCUCGCCAACGCGGUUAGACACCCAGAUCAGCGCCCACCAUCGGUACAACCGAAGGAUACACCCGUACGGAACGACCAGCCUGUGUCAGAGGUCACGAUCGCCGAGUCCGGCCCGGCUGCAGGAGCUGAGGGAACGCGAGCGCGAACGGUACCGAGAGGAAAUUGUGUCUCGCCCGUACAUCCAGCACACUUAUCCAGUAUUACAAUCACACAGAGAUUUCGGAAGAAGACUGCCACCAAGACCAAUAAAACCAACAACACUACAGUUAAAGUCUACUAAUAUUAAUUUCCCGCGGUUAAACACUAGUCCUACGCAUCAAAGUCUCCAUCUAUCGCUAAACACUCACUCGCUGCCAUACGGUGUUCAUUCGUUGCCCAACUCGCGCGGCGAGAUUUCACGCGAUCCACGCAUCUACCACCACACGGAAAGCGAACGGGAUCGGGAGCGCGAACGGCUGCGGGAACGUGAGCGGGACUACGGCUCCCGGUACGUGUUCCGGGAUACCGAGCGGGAGCUGUUCGAGAUCGAGCGGGAGCUGGAGCGGGCGCGGGACUCCGCCCGGGAUACCGAUUACGAGAGAUCGUUUCAGGGUGGAACCCCUAUCGUACGAGCACCUGUACAAUCUGGGCCGCACCGGCGGUAGUGCGUUCGGUUCGUCGGCCCUCAACGGAUUCAAGCCCAAGGUGGGAAUGCACUCAAUCUACUCCGAAUCGGACGAAGGCGACUGGUGCUAGCACAGGUUUGAGGACGCACAAAUCUCCAAAGCCAACAACACCAACGACGCCCUGGGUAAGAACAAUAGCGAUGAUCCGGUAGAUGCUGAUGAUGACAAUGGCAACCUAGAAGACAAACUCAAUCAUCCGUACGCGAAAAAAUUCUACAAUCACCCUGACGAAGACUACGACGACGACAACGAUGACGACCACGAUGACAAAAAGGCCUCCAACGAGAGCAGCGAGGGCAAUCCUUGGCCAAAGGCUGCGCAAUCUAGCGAUAAUAGUAGUAAGGGUAGUAGUGGUAGCAGUAGCAUUGAUAUUAAUGGUAAUUUUAGUUUUCGUGAAACACUCGAAAGGAUAUUCGCAUCCAUCCUUGUCGAGGGGUGUAUUCGGGCACUCGUCACAAUCGUCACUGUAGUGAGAGCCGAGCAACCAUGUGAAACACCAAAAUCUAACGCCAUUUUCGUCCGUACAGUAGAGUUGAUUGCGAAGCUUAGCAUAUUUUCUUAUACGUAAUCUCGAUAGCAAGUUGAAAUCAUUAGGAUAUUUGUUUGACACGGAUUGACAAUUAAUUUUAGCAAGUACGGUUCAGUUAAUUUAGGAAAAGAAUUCCUUGAAAAUGAUCCAUCCAAGCAAGGCCACGAGGAAAUCUUACACUUAAGCGAAAAGAGCAAUAUUCAUUAGUAGGCAAACAAGUUUCAAGCUAGAUUUUUGGAAAGAUUUCAGUACGGUUAAUUUUGUGUUAUUCAGAUAUUAAUCAUAUUGAUUGCAGUUAGCAUUCAAUUAUUUUCAAGCAAGGGGAGAAUGUAACAAUACAAACGAAAUCAAUAUAGAAUAACAAAUUUUUCAAUCUUUCAUAACAUAAGUAAAUUUUAAUAAACAAUUCAAACAAAUUAAAAAACAAAACGACAAAUGAACCACAACUGGUCUAGUUUUACGGAAUUGUUGCCGCUUAUUCUUAUCUAAACAAAGGAAGGGAAAAAUAAAACCAGAACUGGUAUGGAAGAAUGGAAAACAAAUGCCCAGGAUUGAUCGAAGAGAAUCCAUUUCAUGGAUAAUCACAUGACUAUAACCUAAAACCACUUUCUAAAACAGUUCGCACUUAGUUAUAGGAAUUUUCACCUAUUUCAAAAUUUUCCACCCCAUACUUAUUCAUUCUUGGAUCGGACGUAGAAUCGUUUCUCAUAGCUCUGCUGUUUGAUUUAGAAAGCAUUUUUUCAAUAGAGUAAGAUCUUGAUUUUCGUCGAAAGUAUCCAAUCGGGUAUUCGGUAAAAGCUGUAAACUAAUCGCUUUUGUCAAUCGAAAAUAGGUUUAAAACUCAAUCAUGCGUUUAGGAAAGAAAUUAAAAAAUGUAGAAUGGUUCCAGAAUGGAAGGAAUAACAAAACAGCAACAAACAGAGAAAGAAUAUAAGCAUAUUUAUAAGUAAACAUCAGGUUGUAUUAGAUCCGUUGAAGAAGGGAAUUGAGGAAAUUAGUAAGAAAAAUGAUAGAAGGUUUUCGGUUGCUUUCGAUUGCAAACUUUACACGUCUAAUUUAUGUUGAACAUUGUCUAUCGUCAAACAGAAGUAAUCCGUUUCACAUUGUUAUACUUGACUGUUCUCUAUUUCACGUUAUACUUGUUAUAGUUAACAUACAUAGUAAUUGAGAAAACUUUUAUAAGUACGUUCAAAACUAUUGGUUUAGUUUGUUUUGAUUGCAUUUCUUACACUAUAUUUCAUAUGUUCAGUUUCACUUGAAAAUGUCAUGAAGGAACGCUUUUGGAUGUACUGAAUAAAUCUUUCCGGAUCUUGUGUAAGGUGUCAUGAUUAUUUUUCAAGUUACCAAGAUGCAUUUAUGGUUUAAACAUGUUAUGCUAUAACUGAAUUCUACAUCAUUUACCAUUGUCCUUUAUU